UGCAGAAACCGAAAGCAAAGAAGAUCAUUAGGAAAAGUAAAUUCACCUUCAGAAGUUUUGAAACAACACACAUAAAUAUCACAUCACUGUCUGAAGUCAGUUUCUCAUUAUGGAGAACAGAGAGAAGAGGAAGAGAAAGCGAUCUUCAUCUCCAGAUCCCAGCGGCGUGUCUGUGAAGAGUGGGAGAUCAAUGAUCAAUGACCCCAGUGAUAAAGCAGUGACCUCUGACCCCAGUGAUGAAGCAGUGACCUCUGACCACAGUGUGUAUAGAGAUGAUCAUACUGGAGAUCAGGAUUCUCUUCAGCCAGUGAAUGAGGAACUAAAGAGAGUCAAACACAGACACAAAACCAGCAUGAAGAUCAAGUAUGAGAGAAUAUUUGAGGGACUGAAACACCAAGAUAAUGAAACCCUCCUGAACAGGAUCUACACACAGCUCUACAUCAUAAAGGGAGAGAGAGGAGUGAAUAAAAAACAUGAGGUUUUACAGAUGGAGAAAUCAGCCCGAACACAACACUCACAAGACACUCUGAUCCACUGCAAUGACAUCUUUAAAGCCUCUCCUGAACCAGGACGCCAGGAGAAACAGCAGAUCAAGACUGUUAUUACUAAAGGCAUCGCUGGAAUCGGGAAAACUGUCUCUGUGCAGAAGUUCAUUCUGGACUGGGCCGAGGGAAAAGACCAUCAGGAUGUAGAUUUCAUGUUUGUGCUUCCAUUUCGAGAGCUGAACUUGAUCCGAGAUCAUCAGUACAGUCUUCACACACUUCUGCUGGACUUUCAUCCUGAACUUCAAGAUCUGGACUCAAAGAUGUAUGAGGAGUGUAGAGUUGUGUUCAUCUUUGAUGGUGUGGAUGAAAGCAGAAUCACACUGAUGUUUUCAGACGCUCAGAAAGUUUCUGAUGUGACUGAGACUUCAUCAGUGGGUGUGUUGAUGUCAAACCUCAUUAAAGGAGAUCUACUUCCCUCGGCUCUCAUCUGGAUCACCUCCAGACCAGCAGCAGCCAAUCAGAUCCCCUCCAAAUACAUCCACCGUCUGACAGAGAUUCAGGGAUUCAAUGAUCCUCAGAAGGAGGAAUAUUUCAGGAAGAGAAUCAGUGAUGAGCAUCAAGCCAGCAGAAUCAUCUCUCACAUCAGAAGAGCAAGAAGCCUCCACAUCAUGUGCCACAUACCCGUCUUCUGCUGGAUCUCCUCCACUGUGCUUCAGAAGCUCCUGGAAGAAGAUCUGAGUGCAGAAAUCCCUCAAACUCUGACUGAAAUGUACAUCCACUUCCUGCUGAUUCAGAUCCACAUGAGGAAUCAGAAGUAUGAAAAGAGAGAUCCAGAGAAACUCCUGCAGUCCAACAGAGAAGUGAUCGUGAAACUUGCUGAAGUGGCUUUCCAUCAGCUGAUGAAGGGCAAUGUGAUGUUCUAUGAGGAGGACCUGAUUGAGAGCGGCAUAGACGUCACUGACGCCUCAGUGCAUUCUGGGAUUUGCACUGAGAUCUUUAAGGAGGAAUCUGUGAUUCAUCAGAGGAAAGUCUACAGCUUCAUUCAUCUGAGCGUCCAGGAGUUUCUCGCUGCUUUCUUUGUGUUUUACAGCUAUUUAAUCAAGAACAAGAAACCACUGCUUGAAUUAAGAGUUUGCAGGUUCAAUAAAGAAAAUGGAUCUGAUGAAGUCUCUCUGUAUGAUCUACUAAGAUCAGCAGUGAAUGAAGCCCUCUGGAGUGAUAAUGGACGUCUGGAUCUGUUCCUGCGGUUCCUGAUGGGCGUUUCACUGGAGUCCAAUCAGAGACUCUUACAGGAUCUACUGACACACACAGAGAACAGCUCGGAGGUCAUCAGGAAAACCACAGAGUUCAUUAAACAUUUGAUCAAAGAUGAAGAUGAGAAUUAUGAUCUCUCAGCGGAUCAGUCCAUCAAUCUGUUCCUCUGUCUGCUGGAAGUGAAAGAUCAGACUCUGUCCAGAGAGAUUCAGAAGUCAGAGGAGAAACUCUCUCCUGCUCACUGCUCAACAAUCUCCUACAUGCUUCAGAUCUCAGAGGAGCCGCUGGAUGAGCUCAACACCAUGAAAUACAACACAUCAGCUGAGGGCAGAAGAAGACUGAUACCAGCUGUGGUCAACUGCAGAAAAGCCCUUCUUGUUGGCUGUAAUCUCACUGGUCAGGAUUGUGAAAUUGUGUCAUCAACUCUACAAAACUCUGUCCUGAGAGAGCUGGAUCUGAGUAACAAUGACCUGAAGGAUUCAGGAGUAAAGAUUAUUUCUGAUGGACUGAAAAGCCCAAACUGUCAGCUGCAGUUAUUGCGGUUGUCUGGCUGUAUGGUGACAGAGGAAGGCUGUGGUUAUGUGUCUUCAGCUCUGAGUUCAAACCCCUCACACCUGAGAGAGCUGGAUCUGAGUAACAAUGAACUGCGGGAUUCAGGAGUGAAGAUCCUUUCUGAAGGACUGAAGAGGCCAAACUGUCAGCUGCAGAUACUGAGGUUGUCUGGCUGUAUGGUGACAGAAGAAGGCUGUGGUUAUGUAUCUUCAGCUCUGAGUUCAAACCCAUCAUGCCUGAGAGAGCUGGAUCUGAGUAACAUUGACCUGAAGGAUUCAGGAGUGAAGAUUAUUUCUGAUGGACUGAGAAGCCCAAACUGUCAGCUGCAGAUACUGAGGUUGUCUGGCUGUAUGGUGACAGAUGAAGGCUGUGGUUAUGUGUCUUCAGCUCUGAGUUCAAACCCAUCACACCUGAGAGAGCUGGAUCUGAGCUACAAUCACCCAGGAGAUUCAGGAGUUAAGCUGCUCUCUGACAAUCUGAAGGAUCCAAACUGCUCACUUCAGAUACUCAAUGUGGAUCAUUGUGGAGAGUUCAGGAUUACAGCAGGAAUGCAAAAAUAUGCCUGUGAUCUCACACUGGAUCCAAACACAGCACACACUCUUCUCAUUCUGUCUGAGGAGAACAGGACAGUGACGUGUGUGAAAGAGCGUCAGUCCUAUCCUGAUCAUCCAGAGAGAUUUGAUGUGUAUGAACAGGUUGUGUGUGGAGAGAGUCUGACUGGACGCUGUUACUGGGAGGCUGAAUGGAGCGGGAGACGAGCUGAUGUAUCAGUGUCAUAUAAAGGAAUCAGAAGGAAAGGAUGGAGUAAAGACUGUGUGUUUGGAUGCAAUGAUAAAUCCUGGAGUCUGAUCUGUUCUGAUAACAGGUUCUCUGUCCGUCAUAAUAAUAACAGCACUGAUAUUCCUGUCAUCUCUUCCUCCUCUAAGAGAGUAGGAGUGUAUGUGGACGUGUCGGCCGGCACUCUGUCCUUCUACACCGUCUCUGACACACACACACUCACACACUUACACACACUCUGCACCACAUUCACUGAACCCCUCUAUGCAGGAUUUAGACUUUAUUAUAACUCUUCAGUGUCUCUGUGUGACAUUAAACAGCGUCCUGAGAGAAACAACAGUGACACACACACAACCGGGUUCUCUGAGCCCAAUCCUUCUGGGCUGGAUAUUCACUGUCAGUCUUGUGUCCAUAUCGCUGAUUCUGAUCAGUGGCUUCCGAUUGAGCCUUUGGCCUGGACAGACGAAGGAGGGUCAAAGUUCAGCGUCCGCACUGACCCCGGCCGUUACGAGUGUGUCAGGACCAGAAUGCGAUGGGUCUGUGCCUGUGUCGUCAGCCUUCAAUACCGGACCGUAGACGGACUCUUCCUCAACGCAGAGCUGGAGAGGCUGCAGUGCAGCCGGAUCGGUCCAGUGAUGGACGUGACGGUGAUCUCAGGGAAACUGGAGGAAGUUCAUCUGCCCCAUUACGCCUGUUUAGGAGAGUCUGAUCCCUCUCUCAAAGAUGCUGUGAAAGUGCUCACCGUAAGAGACGAGGGAAUAACCACAAAACCUGUGCAGUUGAGCCGAUUCCAUGCGAAGAUUGUCCAGCCGUCCUUCUCUAUUUUAACAGUGAUUAAAAGUUGGAUCAUGGGAUGGAUGGGAUGGUAUGAACACUGCGAUCUUCUUCUCUACUUGCGUUCUCAAGAUCCUCUCAUUCUACAUCUCUACCUUUUUCCAUUUGAUGAGUGUGCAAAAGAAAAAGUUGAGGAAACUGAAAAGUCAUUUUCAUCAUGCAUCAUCAGGCAUCCCAGACCUGGCAGGCCAUUCGAGAUGAGAACGCCACACAUGCUCUCCGUUUCUGAUGCUGCCACUAUCAGUCCCGAAGAAGGGAUCACACUCACAAGAGAAACUCCCCCAAACUUCUUCAAGGUCAACAUACGUCUGGAGAAUGAUCUUCAAAUGACUCUCAUCAGAGAAGAGGAUCAGAAGAAAGUCUGGACUACAACGAUUCAGAAAGAAGAGUUUAAAUACGAGCUGCUUCUGAAUAGAGAUCAGAUUCGUCCUGAGAGAGACGAGCCGCGUCUGAAUAGUGAGGCAGACAAAGCAAGAUAUUUCGAUAAUCAUUGGUCAGAUAUCAUUCAGGGCGUUACUAAUGUCCAGAUCAUUGCAGAUAAACUGUGUCAGCAAGAACUAAUUCAUGAAGAACAAUAUUCAGAAAUCACACAGAGUGUAACCAGUCAGGAGAAAAUGAGAAAGAUCUGUGACAUUAUACGCAAACACGGUGAUGAUGUGAAAGCUAAAUUCAUCUCAGUUCUUCAGGAAGAGAAUCUUUACCACUUUUGAACAUUGGUGUCCGGAUCCUGUCCCGUCAGUCUUGUCUGUUUUGUCUCUGUUCAAUGUCUCCUUGUUUGUCUUGUGUCUCAGCAUGUCUUUGUCUGUGUGUGUUUGCCUUAAGUUCCUCUAGACCCGGCCCCUUGUUUAGUCCUUGUCUAGUCCUCGUUGGCCUGGUUGUGUUCACUUGAUCCUUGUGUGUGUGUGUGUGUGUGUUAUCUUAUUUCUUAUUUGGGAUUCUCUCCAUAUUUGAUAUUGUUGCUAUCUAGUUUUGUAUUCUUAUUUUCUCUACUUCCUUGCAAGGUUGCAGUCUUGUUAAUUUCUUUUGUUUGCAGUUCCAGUAAAUAUUUUCAAGUAUUUUCUUUGUUUUGUUUUUCCCUUUUAUUCUUUUGCAAUCUAUAGUCAUUAGUUUCAUUAGUUGCGUCUAGUUUCUGCAUUUUUUUUUAUCUUGUCUUGGCUUGUUGAGUCUUGUCGUUUGUCUCGUGUUGGUUCUGUGACGAGUCUCUACUCGUAUUGCUGUGGCGGGCUAGUGGGUGUGGCUAGGAGACUCAUCAAGGGAACGAUGUCCUGUCCACCUGUUCAUCCCUUUAUAAACGUUAGGCUGGAAAGUCUGUUCUUUGGGUUGCUUUGUGUUUGGGUUGGGCUUUUGUUAUUUGAUUUAGAUUUUUGUUUUCUCUGGCUGAUACAUUUACAUCCAUGCACCUGACAGACAUUACAGAUGACCAUGUUUUCUUGUUUUUAUAUGUUUCAACAUUUAUGUUAAUAAAUGUUUCAUUUUUGCAUCUCCAUCUCAUUUGCCACGGCUUUGAGCCGGUCGUGACAAAUGUGGGGGCUCGUCCGGGAUGGAGCCGUUCCUGUCCCACCUGCUCUCGGACUCUCCGGUCUAGUGCUUCUAGACUUAGACAUCUAAGGCUUCUCUAGUGAUGAGGCAGGAAAACAUGGCUUUAUCAGAACUUUUCAAAAUAUACCUCUUUCAAAAUAUUCAUUCAGAGUUACAUUAUAAAAUAUAUCUCACACCUGUUUUUGUGCAUCUGAGUAAAAGUUCUAUGGGGAAGUUAGUUCACUUCAAAUGAGUUUCAUGAAAAUACCCGCAUUUUUUUUAACCUGCAUUAUGUUUAUUUUUCUUGGUGAAAAAUUAGCCAUAAACUAUGAAAUGUAGAAAUGUGCUAAAAAGGAUAGUUUUGGAAUAUCCAGCUCUUUUUUCAUGCGAUUAUAUUCCUCUUCAAACACAAAGUUUUAUUGAACUGUAAUGAGGAACAAUAAUAUUGUCUUUAUCUAAUAAAAGUAAACCUUUUUU